AGAGAGAGAGAGUUUUAGAGAGAGAAAGAGAGUGAGACCCUUGGGGCAUGGGGAAGCAGGCAUGUGGAUGUGUGGGGGACACACCAAACUCAUCAAUAAAACUCGUUGAAUAAUUGAGUGAAUGACAGAAAAGAAAGGAAAAAGAAAACAAAACAAAACAAAACUGGACCUCUCUCCCCCUCUCUCUCUCUCUCUCUCUCCCUCUUUCUCUCUCUAGUCUCCCCCCAUUGUUACUUCUAAUCUUUCUUGUACUGCAUUGCUCAGUUUAAAGACUAUUCACUAGAAAAAAGCAAAGGCACCCACAAGUCCUUACAACUGUUCCUUUAAUUUGAUUUCUCUCUCCCUGUGGAAGCAGAGUACUCCCUCUUCAUAUUUCUCUCCCUCUCUCUCGUGUUCAUCAUCUGUGUAUUACUCACUUCUUGAAGAUGCCUAGACCAGGCCCAAGACCCUAUGAGUGUGUUAGAAGAGCUUGGCACAGUGAUAGGCACAAACCCAUCAGAGGCUCUCUCAUUCAAGAAAUUUUCAGGGUUGUCAAUGGGAUUCAUAGCUCAGCAACUAAAAAGAACAAAGAAUGGCAAGAGAAGCUCCCUAUUGUGGUCUUGAAAGCUGAAGAAAUUAUGUAUUCCAAGGCCAAUUCUGAGACUGAGUAUAUGGAUCUUAAAACUCUUUGGGACCGAGCAAAUGAGGCCAUUGACACGAUAAUCCGGCGAGAUGAGAGUACUGAAACCGGAGAGCUUUUGUUGCCUUGUAUUGAAGCUGCUCUCCAUUUGGGCUGCACUCCAAGGAGAUCUUCGAGGAGCCAACGGAACAGUAAUCCAGGAUGUUAUCUUAGUGCCAGUGUUCCAGAGACUACCUCUGCCCCUCCUUGCAAUUUAGAUAACACAACUCAGGGAAAUCAACAAUUAAAGUCUUUCAAUUCGAACUUCACGGUACCCAGCUACAUGAAUUCAACCCAUUUGGGCUUGGACUCGAGCUUCCCUAUCACUCAAAACAAUAAUUGUACUACUAACAAAUCCCAAUUUCUAUCUGAGAAACUUCUUCCACAUGGUACUAACCAAUGUUUACCUAUGGGAACUUAUCCAUCAUCGAACUCGUGUUUGGUUUAUCCCUUGUAUUAUGGAAAUCACCUUCAAUCUCAAGAACUCCAGUCUCACUUUGGCAUCACUGCCAAGUCAAAUUCACACACUCCUGACUCUGCUGAGACUGAGACUGGUGCUGUGCAAAACCUGUUGUUGUCUUGUAAUGUAGAUGCUUCAAACAAAAUUCCUCAAACAGAGUUCAGGGACGCUCUUGAGAACUCACAUAAUAUUGGGUGUGAUUUAUCAUUGCGGUUAGGCCCUUUAUCAAUUCCUAGUGCAACUGUUGAGAAUAGUUUGCACCAAGAGGUUGAAGAUGUUGGUUCGAGUACUCAUCGAGAGGGGAGGAAGUUGAGUGAUUUAUCUCCACCUAUGGAAAAAGAGUUCUCUUUUUAUCGCAAGGCCAACGCUGAUGACUCGACAGACUUCUGUUUGAAUAAAUGGAGUUCUGAGUGUGAAAAUAUGAAUGUGGAUGCGACAAUGAGAAAGCGGAAGGCAGUUGUUAGUCCACCAUCUGAGGGUAGGCAAUUUUGUUGGCAGCGAACUGUUUCAUCUAACCUUCUUACUGGAAGAAUGAGCAGUGCAGGUUUGUAGACUAACUUCUACUUAAGUUGUUCUCUAUAAAAUUUUGAAAUGGUAUAGCAAUUAUGUAUUAUUGUAGCCCUUCCUGCAAUGUUGCUGUACUUAACAACUAUGACCACUUGAUCAUGGUUGCUUGUUUCAACAAUGAAAAAUAUUGUCCAAAUAAAGACUGGGUUUUAA